GUUGUUUCUACUUCCGCUAGUGGAAGGACUCGAGUGGGGGCCGCCAUCUUGUUAGCUUCCUAGCAAAAUAAAGAGCUAUCAGUGAAUUUGGUGGACAUUCAAGUUUCCCUGCCACAAUGUGGUAUGAAAUCCUGCCCGGCUUCGCCAUCAUGACAGUUUGUCUGAUUAUCCCUGGCGUCGCCACAGCACAGAUCCACAAGUUCACCAACGGUGGAAAGGAAAAGAGAAUCGCCCGGCUUCCGUGGCAGUGGUACUUGUUGGAGAGAGACCGGCGAGUGUCGGGAACGGGACAGCACUUUGACUCCAAGGGACUUGAGAACAUCCACUGAUCGCAAGACCCCCCCGGAAUAAAGUUAUUUGUUGUACAGUUUAACAGUUCUACCUGACAGCAGUUUGUUCAUGUGAUCAAUUAAAACGUUUCCAAAUGA